ACAUUCAAAUUCUCCUCCUCUCCUUCACAGCAUAAUUUCUUCUCUCAAUCUCUUAACAAAAACUCACAAUGGCAAGCCAACAAGACAUUAGCCACAGCGUCGGUGAGGUCGUCGGCCAAGCUCAGGUGAAGAAGGAUGAGGUCAUGAACCAAGCAGCUAAUGCAGCUCAAGAAGCAAAAGAUAGCGCAUCUACUACCCUUGAUCAAUCCUCAGCUGCCCAAACUGCCUCUGACCUCAAGGACCAAGCUGCAAAUUUCCUUCAACAGACUGGAGAGCAAGUGAAGAACAUGGCUCAAGGAGCAGCUGAGGCAGUGAAGAACACUCUUGGGAUGAACACUGAUAGCAGUUCUAACGCCGCCGCCAACACUAACAACCCUACCAACACUCCAUCCCCUACAAUCUAAGAAAUCAAAUUUAUUUUUAUUAUUAUUAUUUUUUUUUUUUAAAUUUG